AUGUUGAAUAGAAAAGCUCCAAGUCAGGAUGUAGACCGGUCCAGUGCUUAUCCAAGUUCACAGAGACUUUCAUCAGUCAAAGGAAAGAAAGGGGGAGCUCGUAAAAAAUCUCAAAAUGGUGACCAAGGCAGCGCCGGUGGGGCGCUUUGUUCUCACCAAUCCGGUUUCAAGCAAGCUCAGGUUAGUGCCGUUUUGGUUGGAGUUGAGGGGCAAAGCGGAAAUGGUGAUGAGCAGUUCAGCUUCGGUGGUGUGGGUGGCGGUGAUGGUGUCUGUUUCACUGCCGGUACGGGAUCGUCGAGGGGUGAUUCGGGAGAGCUGGGUUUUUGUACUAGCCAAGUUCCGAGCAAGGCUGAUGAGGUUUUUGGGGCUUCUUCAGUUUUCACUACUCAAGGAGAUGUGGUGGGUGAGCAGAUCGGUAUAGGAGCUAGUGUUGAGCUUAGAGAGCUGCCUUCAAGCGGAGACUCCGAUUCUAAUGGAGAUAUUCAAGCGGUUGGGAGAGUUUUGGUUUCAGAUAUCUCUAGCCAAUGUGCUAUGGAAGAUUGUGAGGCGGAGGGGAUGGAGUUUGAAGCUAGAGGCGGGGUUGAGAAGUCUCAAGGUGCUCUGAAGCCCUCUUUUAGGAAGCGUGUUACUGAUUUGGUGCAGAAAUUCAACCCAUCAAUUUUGGUUGUUAUGGAAACCCGUAUAGGGGGUGAUAGAGCUAGGGAGAUCACGAAUUUGUUGCCGUUUGAUGGAGCUUUCCAUGUUGACUCCAUUGGCUAUGCAGGGGGUCUUUGGGUUCUGUGGAAUGCUGACAGAGUUGAUUUAGCCUUACUCGCAAGUACUGAGCAGGAGGUUCAUGCGGAGGUGAAGGUACGUUUCACAAAUACUAGCUGGUUAUUAUCUGCUGUGUAUGCUAGUCCUAGGAAUGCCGAAAGACAAAUUUUGUGGAAUAAUCUGAUGAAUGUGGCUGAUUUACAUAAUAUGCCUUGGGUUAUAGCUGGUGACUUUAAUGAACCUCUCCUUAGUGAGGAUAAAUUUGGGGGUAGGGGGGUGAGUGUGAAUAGGUCCCUUUUGUUCAAGGAGUGUUUGGAUAAAUGUAAUAUGAUGGAUAUUGGUUUCGCGGGUCCCCGUUUCACUUGGACAAAUAGGAGGAGGGUUCAAGCUUUGAUCCAAGAGAGAAUUGACAGAUUUUUUGUUAACCCAAACUGGAAAAAGAACUUGAUGUCGAGGCUGAAUGGUAUUCAAAGAUCUCUAGCUUUACGCCCAUCGGAGUUUUUGGUUAAUUUGGAAGAUGAGCUUCUUAGGGAGCUGGACCUUGUGCUGAGACAGGAGGAGGAGUUGUGGGCUUUAAAAUCUAGGGUGAAUUGGAUGAUUCAAGGGGACCGUAAUACGACCUUUUAUCAUGUGUCAACUUUGGUUAGGCGUAAGAGGAACCAAAUCAUGGCUAUAAAGAAUUCAGUGGGGGAGUGGAUUAUUGAGGAGGGGGAGAUAAAAGACUUCAUUAGGUGUGGCUAUGAUCAGAUUUUCGUAUCUUCUCUAUCUUCUGUUCCUAGGAUGGAUCCCGUUGGCUCGCAAUGGCAGCCUAGACUCUCGGAGUUGGAGAAGGAAAGUAUAAGUGGGGGGCCUUCUGAAGAGGAGGUAAAGGCAGCCCUUUGGUCCUUGAAGCCUUUCAAAGCUUCGGGGCCGGAUGGCCUUCAUGCGGGGUUCUUCCAAAACUUCUGGCAUACCGUGGGCAACUCUGUGAUUGUAGAGGUUCAAAAGAUUUUUGCUGAUAGAAGAGUUCCAGAGGUUUUGAAUAGUACCCACAUUGCCUUGAUUCCAAAAAUUCAGGGGCCGGAAACUUUGGGGAAUUAUAGGCCAAUUAGUUUGUGCAAUACAGUGUAUAAGGUGGUUACUAAGAUUAUUGUGGCAAGGUUGCGGCCUUACCUAGACAAACUCAUCUCUCCUAUGCAAACGGCCUUUGUGCCGGGUCGUAAAGGGACUGAUAAUGUUAUUAUUGCCCAAGAGGUGCUUCACUCCCUUGGGAAAAAGAAGGGAAAGACCGGAUAUAUGGCUCUUAAGAUAGACCUGGAAAAAGCUUAUGAUAAGUUAGAGUGGAGCUUUAUUAGAGAUAUGCUGAUUCGUGUUAAUCUUCCUAUGGACAUCAUAGAUGUUAUUAUGAGUUGUGUGUCUACAGUUUCUACUUCUAUUUUAUUCAAUGGAGAAGCUCUUGACCCAAUCUUUCCCUCUAGAGGUAUAAGACAAGGGGAUCCGAUUUCUCCGUAUCUGUUUAUCAUCUGUAUGGACUUUCUUGGGCAGCUGAUUGAAGAGAAGUGUAGUGAGAAGUUAUGGCAGCCAGUGAAGGCUUCUCAGAGGGGCCCUAGUUUCUCGCAUCUUUUCUUUGCGGAUGAUCUGAUUCUUUUUGCUAAAGCUGAUGGGGUUAAUUGUUCAACCAUUAGAGAUGUUUUGGAUACUUUUUGUAGUAUGUCUGGCCAAACGGUGAGUGAAGCUAAAUCAAGGGUUUAUUUUUCUCCAAAUGUGGAUAAGGAUACUAGAGAAUCCCUUUGUGAUAUUUUGGGGUUUGCGUCUACGCCGUAUCUUGGUAAGUACCUUGGUUUUCCUCUAAAGCAGCCGGGCUCCUCCUCGCAUGACUAUAACUUUAUUUUGGAUAGAGUGAAGCAAAAAUUGUCCGGGUGGAAGGCAAAUCUUUUAUCUUUGGCGGGCCGUAGAGUUCUCAUUCAGUCUUCUCUAGCUACCAUCCCGUCGUACAUUAUGCAGUGCUCUUAUCUUCCGGAAAGGGUUCUGGAAGGAUUGGAUAGAGUUAAUAGGAACUUCCUUUGGGGGUCUACAAACACAGCCAAGAAGAUUCACUGGGGUGAGGCUCUGUGGGCAAAGGUUUUGAAGUUGAAGUAUUGCAAUAACCGGAGGAGAGUAGCGAUAAAUGCGGACAAACUUCCUUGUUCAUCUAUUUGGGCUGCUAUGAAGAAAGGGAUGGACACUUUUAAUAAAGGUUGUAGAUGGUUGGUGAGAAAGAAUAGCUCUUUGAAUAUUUGGCAUAACAAUUGGACUAAUGGGGGUUCCCUUAGAAAAUUGAUUCAAGGUCCUAUCUCCCAAGAAGCCAACCUUUUGGAAAUUAAAGAUUUUAUGCUUGAUGUGGGGUGGGAUUGGGAGAAACUAACUUUUGAAUUACCUGAUGAAGUUAAGGGUUUGAUUUGUGCAAUUCUCAUCUCAACUUUAGGUGAAGGCAUGGACAAGAUGGUUUGGUCCGGAUCACCUAAUGGGUCUUUUAAUGUGAAAAGCGCUUAUGGGAUGGCAAUGGAGUCCGCAAAUGUUACUGUUCUUUCUUGCAGCUGGGUUUGGAAGGCAGAUGUGUUGCCAAAAUUUAAAAUGUUUCUUUGGUUGUGUGCCCACAAUAGUAUCGGUGUUAAAGUUUGCCUUGGAAGGAGAGGAGUGGUUCAAGAUGAAGUGUGUCUUGUUUGCUGUAAUGGGGAGGAGACUAUUUUGCAUGCAUUGACGGAUUGCUCCCACUUGAAACAUGUGUGGAACCAGCUAGGGGUCACGGCUGCUAAUCAUGAGUUUUGGCAUGAGAAUGUGGUGGAUUGGUUGUCUCUGAAUGUUAGAAAAAAUGGCAAAAUGCAUAAUUCCGGUAUCCCUUGGGAAAUUGUUUUCCCCUUUGCUAUUUGGUCCAUUUGGAAGAGUAGAAAUGAUAUUGUUUUCAAUAGGAAAGGUCGGAGUCCUAACUUGGCUUUAGAUAUUGUGUAUCAAGCUAAAGAGUAUGUGCAUUGUGUGGCUGCCCCUAGAUUGCAAUCUCGUAGAGUCUUAAGGAGCAUUCGGUGGGAGAGACCUGACUUUGGGUGGAGGAAGUUGAACACAGAUGGGGCUUGCAGUGAGCCUCACGGUCUGGCUGGUUGUGGGGGAGUGGUUAGGAAUGAGGAUGGGCAGUGGGUAGCGGGUUUUAGCAAGCGCAUUGGGAUCACUAGUAGUUUUGCUGCUGAGAUGUGGGGGCUGCGUGAGGGGCUUAAACUGUGCUGCAACUUAAACAUCUGCAGUCUUGAAGUUGAGAUGGAUGCCAAGGCCAUUAUUGAUGUGCUUCAGAAUACAGGUUAUGUUAAUAAUGUUAUAUCCCCUAUUUUAGAUGAUUGUAGGCAUCUAAUUUCUCUAUUCCAAAACGUCCGUAUUAAGCAUUGUUUCCGGCAAGCUAACCAAUGUGCGGAUGGCUUAGCUAUGAUGAGUUUUAGUUUAAUUGCUGAUUUUCUUAUUUUUGAUAGUCCGCCUAUGGACAUUUUAGAUGUAUUUGAGGGAGAUCUCAGUGGGAGGUCUUUCAUCAGGUCUUGUACUGAACCUUGCUUUGGUUUUUAG